AUGGAGGGCAGCGGGAGGGACGGAGGCGUCGCCGCCGUCGCCGCGGUCGGGGAGGUCAGGCGCGUGCCGUUCGCGGGUCCGAAGUGGGACGUCGCCGUGGCGUGCGGCAGCCUCAAGGGGGGAAGGGCGGACUGGCUGGUGGAGAAGUGCUCGGAGCUCGGAGCGUCGUCGCUUGUGCCGCUGCUCACCGAACGCUCGGGAUCUGUCGGCGGAUCGUCGGAAGGGCGGUGGGAGCGGGUCGCGGCGGCGGCGAUGAAGCAGAGUCUCCGAAACCAUCGGCUCGUCGUGCACCCGGCUUUAACGACGACACAGCUGUGCGAGAUGGUUCGACGCGCGCCGGUGGCGUUGCUGUGCGCCGCGGGUGCACCGCCGUUGAGGGAGGUGAUGUCCAUGGCGGAAUCCAGGACGGGCGAUGGGGUGGAAGCCGGGUACUCGGAGGGGGGCGGCGUGCUCAUCGUGGGGCCGGAGGGGGACUUCACGCCGGAGGAGGUGGAGACGUUGGUGGCGGCCGGUGCGAGACCGGUGGGUUUGGGGCCGCUCAGGCUGCGCGUGGAGACGGCGGCGGUGGCGAUCAUAUCCUGCGUGAGUAUGACGCACCCGCGGACGCAGCCUCCGGGAUGCUGA